AUGAUUCGCACCAAUGGAUAUGGUCACUGGAUAUGCGUCAAUGGCAUGGAAGGUGGAUCAAAACACUUAUGCGGAAGAGAAAUUGUGGAUCUUUGGGAUCGUAUAUGUACAAACCUCGGAGCAAGGAUGAUAACAGUUGAAGAUAUUUCUAAGAAGAGGUCUCUAGAUCUUCGGUUGUUAUAUGGAAUAGCAUACGGCCAUUCUUGGUUUGGAAGGUGUGGGUACAAGUUUAUCCGUGGAAGCUACGGUGGGACCAAGAGCGAUUACGAGAAUGCUAUAGAGCUUUUAGGUUCUCUUGAGAUUGAUCAGGUUGAUUCUGAUUUCAAUGAGCAUAAACAGUUCAAAGAGCAAAGUAGUAACCUUCGUGCAGCGGUUUCGUCUCCUUUAAUGGAUACUCAUCAGAGAAGAUCAAGUAGAUUGUUCUUGAAGAAGAGUGAUGCUGUGGAGAAUGAGAAGUCUUCUCAGAGGUUUAGGAUUUACAGCGAUGUUGCAGCUAAUUUGGGAAGUAGAUGGCCAGUGAGAAGACUUGAAUACGCAGCUGAAGUGAUCGUAGAGUCACUGAAAGAGAUGAAAUCGUUAAAUCAGAACGGUAUGACUCGUCAAGAUGUGAGGGAUGCAGCAAGAUUACAUAUUGGAGCUGAUGUUCAUGGAGAUCUGUUGUUGCUAUACACAAACGUGCUUUUGGAUUACCCUGAAUCUAAAGCCGGCAGAUCUGCAAGUCAAGUGAUCUUAGACAUCUUUGAUCUGAAACAAGCUAUUGAAGACACUUACUGCAUUUUAACAAACUUCACGGUGAGUGAGAUCGAUGAGAUUGAGGAAGAUGAUGAUGGGAAGUUACUGUUUGGAAGAGUGGAGACUUGCUAUGCUUUGAAAGUGAGAGGGUUUGGGAUUGAUUUGGAAUCGAAGCUCAAGUUUCAAGGUGGGUGUGAUAGUGAUACGUGGAUGGUGAAAUGUGUUUGCAAAGCUAGAGACGAUGAUGGAGAGAGGAUGAUUUCUUUUGACGUUUGUGAGGUUUGGCAGCAUACAAGAUGCUGUGGGAUUGAUGAUGAUUCGGAUACUUGGCCUCCGCUUUAUGUUUGUUCUAAUUGCUGUGAAGAGUUUGCACUUUGCAGAGCAACAGAGGAGAGUUUUGCAGCCAAAGUAUGA